GGGACGUGUCUGGCUGCUCGGUAACCCUCGGUCGGUGCCCAGGAAGCGAAGCAGCUGCCUCACUAGUAUUCGUACCACGAGGCGACGCAGCGGGCCCUCGGAAAGAGCGAGCGUCUGGGCCAUGGCUUAUCACUCGGGCUACGGAGCCCACGGCUCCAAGCACAGAGCCCGGGCAGCUCCGGAUCCUCCUCCCCUCUUCGAUGACACAAGCGGUGGUUACUCCAGCCAGCCGGGGGGAUACCCCGCCCCAGGAGCCGACGUGGCCUUCAAUGUCAACCACUUGAUUGGGGACCCAAUGGCCAACAUGGCUAUGACCUAUGGCAGCUCCAUCGCAUCCCAUGGGAAGGACAUGGUGCACAAGGAGCUGCACCGUUUUGUGUCUGUGAACAAACUCAAGUAUUUUUUCGCUGUGGACACAGCCUAUGUGGCCAAGAAGCUAGGGCUACUGGUCUUCCCCUACACACACCAGAACUGGGAAGUGCAGUACAGUCGUGAUGUGCCUUUGCCCCCGCGGCAAGACCUCAACGCCCCCGACCUCUAUAUCCCCACAAUGGCCUUCAUCACCUACGUGCUGCUGGCUGGGAUGGCACUGGGCAUUCUUUUUUCAGCACACAAACCUCUAAGCAUUAUAGUAUAUUUAUGUGUUUAUUUGUCAUUGAAUGUUUCCUCCACUUUAAACUUCAAGACACGAGGGACUUUGUCAUCUUCGUUGCUGUUGCUCAUCUUCAUUGCUGAGAAGAGUUCCUGGCUCAUUGUGAGCAUGAGGGAAAUGCAUGUGGAUCAGUCAGCGUCCUUGGAGAAACAGAAGGCACACUUAAACUGGAAAGAUGCAGAGGAGAGAGAUAAAUAUGACAGCGCAAGCGUGACACUGAGCAUGUUGAACACCCAGUAUGGAGCAGGAUCUGCAGUCCCCACCUUGCCAGGCACCAGCUUAUGGAGUGAAGGAGCAAUGGUGCCUUGGGAAGAGGACAGCGAGUCAGGGCAGGAGAGGCACUGGGGAUUCAGGGAAGCGGUGAUUUACCAAUAA